AUGUCGUUCCAGGACUCACCUGGAUCGCUCCCCGAUGUCACUAUUACCGUGCUCGACAUAGCACUCCGUCUAUGUACCAUUCCGCGCUCACGCCUGCCUGAAACAACACACUAUGUGGUCAAGCAAUUCCUCCGACAGCGGCCUACCUUUCUCAAUAUCACACUCAAUACCAGCGAACUUUCUAUCUUUGCCGAACAGACGACCCUUGAUGACUUCCGGCCGUUGGCACGCCGAGGCAGAUUGGGCGCAAGGUCAGGUGCUCCCAUAGAAAUAUCUCAAGAGACAUGGAGUGUACUUCAAAUAGAUGAAGACAAGUUUGGUGAUGCCGGCACUCGAGUCUGCGAAAUAUCUGCCGCUCUUGCCCAUGCGGGGAUCUCCAUUCUGUAUCAGUCGAGCUACAUGAGCGACUUCAUUCUGGUCAAAUCAUCUUCUCUGCCUUCUGUCAUUGCCCUAUUGGCGCACGCCGGCUUUGGCCUCUAUUCCACCGACGCAGUUGCUCUCACCUCUACAGUAUCACCUCCGAUCAUUGACCCCCCAACUGCAUUCGAGGAAAGAAGGCUCAGCGUCCGGGGUUCGCUCGUGCUCGAUGGGGAUGUGGGCACACAUGGAUUUGGACUCGGCCUCGAGCUCAUGAAUAUUGACGACACAUUUGCCUUAUCUUCUCCCAAACGACACCGAAGCACGUCCAAUUCGUCCUUCCAGUCUAUCUCUCUACCCCCCGGAGCGUACACUUUGGCAUCAACCAUUUCUCCUCUUUCCUCCCUCUCAACCGAGUCUUCGGACUCUGAACGAGAAGGGGAUGAGCCAAAACAGCGCAAUGGUCGAAUCACGAACAAGAUUCCACCUGCAGUCGAAGCAGUCGCUGCUGACCUUGCCGUCAUUGGUCUGAGCGAGGAUGCAUCGGACAGUUGGCUCAGUCGCAUGAUCCUACUCAUGCUCUAUCCGAAUAUGAUCAUCACACCCUGGGCCUCUCCAUCCGCAUGCAAGCCGCGAGACGAAACGGAUUUAGAGUCUGAAACACCUGCUGAGUUGGAUAAUCAUUGCUCGCCAGACGAUGCCGAAGAGCACCACGAAGAGCACCCUGCUUCGCCGGUGUCGUCGAUGGCCUCGCACUCUCCUGCAGCCUCUACCUCAUCCUGCGCGGAAGCGACUUCGAGCACAGUCCGAUCACAGUCUACGACCCUGCGAUCACCUCGGCGUUCCGCGUCACCGCCUCAGCCGUUCUUCAGCUUCACCCGCGCCAAGGGUGAAUGCGCUAGCGUUGUGGCCGAUGUCCGUUUACUUGCAUCCCUAUUCCCUCCUGCAGAUCGCCACAUGGUGCUAAGUGCACACGAACUUGAAGGUGUGGAUGAGAUCGCUUUAACAUCUGGAGAUGUCAAGGCGGCGAUGCGCUGUCUCACGAUCGAUCUUCCACAUGGGCUUGACGCUCACGGCCUCGUGAACCAUUUCUCCAGUACCCUCCACAACAAUGGGAUCAAUCACUUGUACUCAUCGACGUACAAAACUGCGAACCUUUUGGUCGAUCGCCAGGACGCAGAGCGAGCGGAAGCUCUACUUCGAUCAUGUUGA